AUGGGAUGGGGUGGGGUGGGGGUAAGGUAGGGUAGGGUAGGGUAGGGUAGGGUAAAAAACAUUUAUACUAUAAUUUUUCGAAACAGAUCUUAGGAUUUAAAAACGUAAAAGGAUAGGAAUAUAAAAUUUUAAUUUAAUAAACUUGUCGCCAAUAAAAAAUGCAAUAAUAUUCGCCAAUUACCAUGGUAAUCCGACAGCAAAAUGCGUGUGUUUGUGGUUAAAAAUUAACGACUACAUUAUAUUCAAAUUGACUUUGGGUCGACCCAGAUGUGAAUAUCAAGUCAAUUGGGUUUAAAUUGGUGUUUUUAUUUUAUUUUGUUUUUUAUAGCGCUUGUUUCUUAGAUUAGUAUCUACUACAAUAUUAUAUAUAUUAUCAUCGAACUAAUAUUACCUUACUUAAACCGUGUAUUUCCUUUACCUAUUAGGUGCCGACAUAAAGAACCCGCCAUACUUUUCGAGUAAUUUCCUGCAAAAAAUGGCGGUUUCUUUAUGUCGGCACCUAUUAUGUCUUACUUUUGCUCUUCCUUUGCUCUAUUCUUACCUUAUUCAUGUCUUACCUAUGCCCUUUCCCUGUGGUUACUCUUGCCCUACACUUGCUUUAUCUUUGUCUUACUCUUGCUCUACCUUUGCUCUAUCUUACUCCUACUUAUGUUAUACUUUUGCCUUGUUUAAUAAACAGUUUUGGCCUAAGAUUAAAGCUUUGAAAAAGUCUUGUCGUCAUUUUACAUAGAUUUUUAGGGUUAAAAACGACAAGAUUUUUUGUACCUUUUUAAAAUUAAAAAACUACCUACUACAACAUCAAAAAAAGUAAAAAUAAAACCCCAUAGUUAUUAUAAAUUUAAUUUUUAUUUUCAAAAACAAUAAAAGUUUUGUAAACAAAAUUUCUUCAUAUUGAGCUCUGACCAACCACAUUCAAGCUGUACUGGCUUCCCAAUGGCUGUGGACUAGGAUGACUAUUCGGGUCUAGCUCGUGAGAGAAACUCAGAUCACUGAUCUGACUUAGAUCAAUAGUUUCCGAGAGUUCAGUGUAGGCUGAGUUCUUCCUUGAGCGAGUGUCAAAGUCAUAUAGUAGUGAUAAGGAUGGCGUACAACUGUUCUGGCGUCUGUGAUACAUGUCUUCGCUGUUGGAGAUGACAAUUUCUGGCAAGAAGGAGCCGGAUGACCUGAAAGAUGAGAUUUGAAAUUUAACUUUUGAAACGAACUCGUUAGCUUUUAAAGUUCAAGGUUUAGGCUAACGCUAGGGUUAGGAAUAAAGUUAAGUUCAAAUUAGAGCUAAGCUAAGGCUAAGGCUAAUGCUAAGACUAAGGCUAAAGCUAAGGCUAAGGCUAAGGCUAAGGCUAAAGGUAAGGGUAAGGCUAAGACUAAGGCUAAGGCUAAGGCUAAUGCUAAGGCUAAGGCUAAGGCUAAGGCUAAUGCUAAGACUAAGGCUAAAGCUAAGGCUAAGGCUAAGGCUAAGGCUAAGACUAAGGCUAAAGCUAAGGCUAAGGCUAAGGCUAAGGGUAAGGGUAAGGGUAAGGCUAAGACUAAGGCUAAGGCUAAGGCUAAUGCUAAGGCUAAGGCUAAGGCUAAGGCUAAUGCUAAGACUAAGGCUAAAGCUAAGGCUAAGGCUAAGGCUAAGGCUAAGGCUAAGGGUAAGGCUAAGACUAAGGCUAAGGCUAAGGCAAAGGCAAAGGCUCUGGCCUAG